UGAGGCCAUUAAAAAAAUUGGGAAUUGCGCUUGGGAUAUCCAUUUGGUCGCAGAGAAAAGGAGACUGAAACCGGGCUGACGACACAAACAUCAAACAGCGACUCCAAAGCCACGGCUUUGAUUUCCAACACGAGCCACUCCAACGUCUGCCCUUCUGGAUACGAGGCGUGGCCCGCUUUGUGCACUUUGCGCUGCAUUCGCUUGCUCUACCCAAGCCAACAGGGUGCCUUUCCCCUCCAGGCACGUGCGAGCGCUUGGCUCGGAGUCGCGUCGCGAUUCUCUCAUUGCACCAGCUGGACAAUGCCCGAGUGGACUGGUUCAUAAUUCGAUUCCACGCCUCAUGCGCCUCAUUGUCAUCUGAUCGCAAACCCGCUUCCAUUGGAAGAAGCGAGAGAUCUAUCUCAGGCACACGGGCGCAUUGUCGCCAAUAUCUGCUCAGUUGCUUCUCAGCCAAGCUCCAGCAACCCAGGACAUGGCGGAACAGACGCAGGACCCCAGCGCUAGCCUGGUGGCAGACGCCCCAGUUGAGGCUACCAGCGAGGCACAGGAAGAUACCCAAAGCCGUACCGGCAACAAACGUUCGCGCGAGGACAUUUCUCUUGACGAAGAGGGUGUUGCGACCGGUGUGAGCAACCAGGUUCCUGCCGCCGACGCUCUUCCGCCAUUGAAACGGACGAAGCAGCAAUCGAAAGGCGAAGAAGGCACACCUGCUUCUGGCUCGCCGCCCUCAUUGCGGGACCUUGAGAACCCACAGGAGCCAGCCAAGGAGGAUACAGCCCAGGAGCCAGACCGGAAACCAGGAUCGGAAAUGUGUGUCAAGAAAGGGCAGGACACAGCCCAGUCGGUGCCUGGGCAGAAGCCACAGGAAAUUCCCGCCCCCGCGCCGCUCGACUGGAACAGCGGUAUCCAUAAAGGCAUCCGGACGUCAUUUGGAAAAACGACCACUGCGCCAUCGUUUCUCAAGUCUCGUCAGCGGAGCCUCGUGAUCCCGGCGGGGGCUGGGCCUGAACCCCAAACGUCGGACUCGUCACAGAAAACCACUCCCCGUGCUGCAGAGAGCUCUGUAGACUCGGGCGCAAGCGAGAAUGACGAGGUGGCAAAACCCAUCCCACCCGUCGCCAAGAUCAAGGCGAAGAAGGGAAAUCAGGUCAAGCUCAAAAACUCUACUUGGAUACAACCACCCACCAACUCGCUUGCUAUGGGCGGCACGAGAGCCGACUACCUGAACUACUGCCGUAUGUUCUGUGCAGCCAACUCGGCCAGCACUAGCUUCGCCUCUGUGAAGCCACAUCUGGUCAAGCGCGCCUACAAAGCGUUCCUGGACGAGCCUUCGAUUCCCGCCGCGGUGCGGACGCAAGGUAGACGGACCGCGAAGACGGUUGACGGGAAUGAGGUGGCGAUGAUUAUUGCUAGAGCCAUGGGCUCAGCUCCACAAUCCGCCGAGAACGGGACGGCGGUCGAGCAGGCGGCGGGCGACCACUCGCCUACAGCUUCCUCGCAAGUCGCAAAUGCAGCGGACUUGACCCCUGCGGUCACUGAUCAGGUGCGCCCGCCCAGCGGCAUGCCAUAUCUGUCUCGCGAAGAGGAGCUCCGGCAACUUCGUCGCUAUUUCCCUAGCGCAUCUGAGACAGACUUUUGCGUUUGGUGCUGUUCCACUGGCCACGGCGCGAAUGACUGCCCGCCGCCGAGUUGUAUUCAUUGCGAGGCCCAGGGCCACACAUCCGCUCGCUGCCCGACCAGGAUACGUUGCACCAAAUGCAGAGGUCUGGGCCAUAGCAAGGACGAGUGCCGAGAGAAACUCCGGUUGGCACCUGGGGAGGAGGACGAAUGCGCUGUCUGUGGCGCUGCCGACCACCUGGAAAACUCUUGCGAGUCCCUGUGGCGAACUUACUACGCGGACCCCUCAACCGUCCCCAAAGUACGGUCCAUUGCAGCAUCCUGCUACAGCUGCGGUUCGUCGGAGCACUUUGGUGGCGAUUGCGGACAGGGUGACCCCACGGAUCGCAUAUGGACGCUUGCCAAUAGGGACAUGUACGUUGAUCCCGAGAGCGACAUGGAACAACUGUCGUGGGUGCCGCCCCCGCCUCCUGAUGAGGGCCGGCCCGAUUUGGGCGGACGAAGCAUUGUACCGCAGACACACAUCUACUACCACAGUGAUGAUGAUGAGGAGGAAGGCGAAUUUAUCCGACCGUCGGUCCGCGAGAGGACCGCGCAGUCUAACGGACAGAUCAGGAUAAACGCGACGGCCACGCUCAACGGUGAUGGGAGCACUCUGCCCAGCAGGCCCCCGCAACCCAGGAAAGGAAACCCGCCACUCCCACCCGGGCCGCCACCGCCGUUGCCACCGCAGAAUGGCCGCCAGCGCGCGCCGCUGCGUGGCAGGGGCGGAACCCGAGGAAGGGGAGGGUUCAGCAGAGGCCGCGGGAGGUAAAGGGGUGGCGAUAUAAAGCAUGCCCUGAGUGGUCGACAGCCACUGCUUCCACGACCCGGAAUUUAGCCCGAGGUGCGUACAGUUGGCAGGGCUUUUAAUGAGUGGUUCUGCCUCUCACAUCGAAGGGCGAGGGCUGUGGUUUCGCCAUUCCCCAUUGGCGAGCGAGGACAGCCAAUGUCUGCUAAUGGCUCCGACAAAAAUGCGGCACACGUAGCAACACCAGUCGCAUUGCCUUGGUCCAUGCAGCACUCGAGAUUACAUAAAGACGGUGCCUUUUCCUUUUUCUUUUGCUCUCUUUCACCCGGUCAUGUCUUUGCAAGGCGAUUCUGGAAGCUACCCAAUGGUACAGGGGUGACUGGCCUAUUCUCACCACUUACCACCCUGAUGCGUUGGCGAACGAGGAUCCGUGCAGUCCGAAAUUGGACACCUCGACGUGACUGACUUGCAAAGAGUGUGUGAAGGACGUCCCAAGAUCAUCCUGAGGUCUGUCGUCGCAUCCGCUAUUUCAGAACCUAGCCAAACCCGUCGAGGACUUUAGUCACCAUCUCUCGCGUGCGGUAUUCAACAUCGCGUGAUGGCUGAUGAUGCCUUCGAUGUGCAGCAGCGCCGCCGCCCCGUGUCUGGAGGCCCUCGGAUUUUUACGAUGGACAGUCGGUAUGCUGAGGAAUAUCAGUCUAGCCGUGCUAGCCCAUUUUAGACCGCGCGGGCCGGCUUUGAGGGGGUAGCCUUUAUAGCGCAGUGUCACACUGAGUAUGACUCUUUUCGGGUGGGAUAGAUGCUGGGGUCUUGAUUUGCCGGUGGCUCGCGCGCCAUGGGCACUGGCGAAGGGGAUGGCCGCCUGAUGUUGCCGAGAAGCGGACUGUAGCAGGGGUCUGGGCUAGCGGCUGGCUUGGAGCGUUGCAUGCUAGGCCGGGACUGGAAAAUGUUUCGAAACAGAUCUGCCGGGACAAAUCGCCGAGCGGGCAAGGCCAGGCUGGCGAGGGCGACCAAGACGGGUGCUGGCCGUGCGGCGUCGUGAGAGGGUGGGGUGUGAAGGGUG